AUGGCCCGCGCGACUGUGACCGUGGAGGAGGUGAGGAAGGCCCAGCGCGCGACUGGUCCGGCCACCGUGCUGGCGAUCGGGACGGCGACGCCCGCCAACUGCGUGUACCAGGCGGACUACCCGGACUACUACUUCCGGAUCACCAAGAGCGAGCACAUGACCGACCUCAAGGAGAAGUUCAAGAGGAUGUGCGACAAGUCGCAGAUCCGGAAGCGGUACAUGCACCUGACGGAGGAGUACCUGGCGGAGAACCCCAACAUGUGCGCGUACAUGGCGCCGUCGCUGGACGCGCGCCAGGACAUCGUGGUAGUGGAGGUCCCCAAGCUGGGGAAGGCCGCGGCGCAGAAGGCGAUCAAGGAGUGGGGGCAGCCGAAAUCCAAGAUCACGCACCUGGUCUUCUGCACCACGUCCGGGGUCGACAUGCCGGGCGCCGACUACCAGCUGACCAAGAUGCUGGGCCUGCGGCCCUCGGACCUCGCGGAGAACAACCGCGGCGCGCGGGUUCUGGUGGUGUGCUCCGAGAUCACGGCCGUCACGUUCCGGGGCCCCUCCGAGUCCCACCUCGACUCCAUGGUCGGGCAGGCGCUGUUCGGCGACGGCGCAGCGGCGGUCAUCGUGGGCGCCGACCCCGACGAGCGCGUGGAGCGCCCGCUGUUCGAGCUCGUGUCGGCGGCGCAGACCAUCCUGCCGGACUCCGAGGGCGCCAUCGACGGCCACCUCCGCGAGGUCGGGCUCACGUUCCACCUGCUCAAGGACGUUCCGGGGCUCAUCUCCAAGAACAUCGAGCGCGCGCUGGAGGAGGCGUUCAAGCCGCUGGGGAUCAGCGACUGGAACUCCAUCUUCUGGGUGGCGCACCCGGGUGGCCCCGCCAUCCUGGACCAGGUGGAGGCCAAGGUCGGCCUGGACAAGGAGCGGAUGCGCGCGACGCGCCACGUCCUCUCCGAGUACGGCAACAUGUCCAGCGCCUGCGUGCUCUUCAUCCUCGACGAGAUGCGCAAGCGCUCCGCCGAGGAUGGGCAGGCCACCACGGGGGAGGGGUUCGACUGGGGCGUCCUCUUCGGCUUCGGCCCCGGGCUCACCGUCGAGACCGUGGUGCUCCACAGCGUCCCCAUCACCACCGGAGCGGCCAUCACCGCCUGA